AUGUUUCUAACCCCUCGAUGGUCCAACACCUCAACGCUCGGUCAUAUACAAAAGUCGGUCCGAGUCUGCUUGGAUCUUCUGUGGAUGAAUGACGGGCCUCAGGCGAGGAGAGCCAUGUCUACGACAGCACCUUUUCAAUAUGCUGUCAAGGCCUCGUUCUGGCGAGGUGGGACGUCGAAGGGCGUUUUCUUCAAGCUUUCCGAUUUACCAGAGUGGUUCCAAUCAAUCUUGAACUCGGAGAAGCAACCGGACGGUGCUCAAUUUCAGCGGAUGGAGAAAUUCUUUGCCGCAGUGAUGGGCUCUCCUGACUCGUACGGUCGACAACUGAAUGGCAUGGGUGGUGGUAUCUCGUCACUCAGUAAAGCCAUGGUCGUUCGACCUUCUGCUCAGGCCGAUGUCGAUGUCGACUAUACCUUCUUCCAAAUCGGAGUCAAAGAUGGAAAGUUGGACAUGGCUGGAAAUUGUGGCAACUUGACUUCUGCCGUUGGGCCUUUUGCACUGAACGCUGGUCUAUGGCGAGGGUGUCCGCAAAAGGUUGGCGAGGUAAACGGCUUCGAAACGGCGUCUGUCACCAUGAAACUCAGAAAUACCAACACCACAAAGGUGAUCGAGUCGAAGUUCGACGCAUUCAGGAACAACCACGGCAGCAGCACAUGGCAGUAUCUUGAGGUCGGAAAGUGUUCGAUCGACGGUGUGCCCGGAACAGCCUCGACCAUCACCCUGUCCUUUCUCGAUCCAGAAGGAUCCAAAACACCCAGAGCAUUACCUACCGGAAAUGCUGUAGACGAAGUUCAAAUCGGUGACCGACAAAUCAUGCGAGCGUCCUUGAUCGAUGUCAGUAACCCCGGUAUCUUCAUUGACGGCCGUGAUGUUGGUUGGAACCCCUCAUCCACGCCAGACGAAAUGAAUGCGAAUCAAGGCCUCUUGGAUAAGCUGGAAAUGAUCCGCAAACAAGGCACGAAGAUGAUGGGUCUCGAUCCGAAUAUCAGCAGCAUACCGAAAAUCGUUCUUCUCUUCCCUCCCAAGGCAGACGGCAUGGACAUAUCCUGCCAGGCUUUGUCGAUGGAACAAGCACACAAAGCGGUUCCAGUGACACUCGCCCUGAAUCUAGGAGUGGCUUGUAAGAUGGAGGGGACCAUCCCGAACCAGCUGUCGAAACAUUUACACGAAUCCAAUACCGUCAUUGGCCAUCCUUCUGGAAGUCUGGAGGUCGGAGCAUCAAUAGGCCCUGACGGCAAGAUCGAGAGCGCCAAACUCAUCAGGACGGCGAGAUGUCAUAUGGACGGAGUUGUCAAUAUCACGAAUGGAGAAGUUUCUGAGAUAUUAUGA